AUGUCAGACGCAGAAGAUAUCCCACCGGAAGAAGACCUAGAGAACCCCCUCCGUAUAGUCUUGGUGCUAGACGAACCGACAUCAAAGGAGUCGACGAUGGAAGAGAGAUUGCUCGACUCGGUGCAAACGUUCGACUCGGUGAACUGCUUCUUUGAUGCAUUCGAUGAAGCUGUCGCGAUACCCAAUGAUGGACAUAUCAAGUAUGAAGUUGGCAGUGAUGGGCUUGUGGUUAUUAUUGUUGACAAUUGCGAGCUUAUGGGUUCUGUGUUGGAGUUUGUUGAUUCGUAUGAGGCUGGGGAUGAGGAGGAGCACAAUGGCGGUGAGACGACGACGACAACGAAAAAGAAGAAGACGAAGAAGAGUGCUUAG